UAAUCCUGUCUAACUUGACAAGGUUGGUGAAGAAGACAACGUGGCUGGCGGGGUCCCAAUACGCUUCUAGGCAAUAUUCUAUAGGUCAAUUAACGACCACUAUAUCCUUAACACUGUAUAAUUUAGGGGUUCUUUCUUCCUUUUUGCAUUCCCAACGUCAAUUCGGCCAUAGACAGCGAGCUCGGUCGUGGAUUCUAAACCAUAAUACGUAAGAAAAUGUCCAAGUAUUAGAAAUGUGUUACCGUGUUAGUCCGUCGCCAUUUAUGAAUGAUUUUCCCGUUAGCAAAAGCAAGAGGUGGAACCGUGGCGGUGCAGGGGCGGGCUGAGGCUGUACGAGCAAUUUACAGGGCGUGUAAGGAAGUUAUUAUCAACCAGAGAAGAACAACAGGCUCCUCGGUAGCACAGAGAGGAUUUCGCGUUUUCAAAAUGCCCGGAAAGAAAGUCUGCAUCGUGGGAUCUGGAAAUUGGGGUUCCUCAAUUGCCAAAAUCAUCGGGCACAAUGUCAAAGCAUCCAACCGCUUCGACCCAAUGGUAAACAUGUGGGUUUACGAAGAAAUGAUCAAUGGGAGGAAGCUAACGGAGAUCAUCAACACAGAGCACGAGAACGUCAAAUAUCUACCGGGGCACAAGCUGCCCAAGAAUGUGGUGGCUGUCCCAGACAUCACAGAUGCCAUGAAGGGAGCAAAGAUCCUCAUCUUUGUGAUCCCACACCAGUUCAUCAGCAAACUCUGUGAUCAGAUGAAACCUCACAUCACAGAGGGAACCAUCGGGAUAUCGCUCAUCAAAGGCAUUGAUGAGGGACCAGAUGGGCUGACGCUCAUCUCAGACAUCAUCCGAGAAAAGCUAGAGAUCGAGGUCAGCGUCCUGAUGGGAGCAAACAUCGCCAGCGAGGUGGCGGAUGAGAAGUUUUGCGAAACCACCAUUGGGGCAAAAAAUGAGGCAAAUGGCCUUAUCUUCAAAGAGCUGCUGCAGACUCCCAACUUUCGCAUCAAUGUUGUCCAAGAAAGUGAUACAGUAGAGCUAUGUGGAGCCUUAAAGAAUAUUGUGGCAGUGGGUGCUGGCUUCUGUGAUGGACUUGGUUGCGGCGACAACACUAAAGCAGCGGUGAUCAGGCUGGGUCUGAUGGAAAUGAUCGCCUUUGCCAGGCUGUUCUGCAAAGGCGAAGUGAACUCCACCACAUUCCUGGAAAGCUGCGGCGUGGCCGACCUCAUCACCACCUGCUACGGAGGGCGAAACCGUAAAGUGGCCGAGGCUUUUGCCAGAACGUCCAAGUCCAUUGCUGAGCUGGAGGCAGAAAUGCUCAACGGCCAGAAGCUUCAGGGUCCACAGACCUCAGCAGAAGUGUACAAGAUUCUACAAAAGAAGGGCAUGGUCAACAAAUUUCCUUUGUUUGCAGCGGUCUACCAGAUCUGCUUUGAGGGCAAAGAAGUGAAAGAGUUCAUCACUUGUCUACAGAACCACCCAGAGCAUAUGUAAAGUGUGCUAACACGGUUUACUCCUUCAGUACCAAUUUACUACCACUAGAGGGUAAAAGAGAUUCAUCUGAGAGAAACGCACAAUCCAGCAAAACUAAUACAACCCAGGACACUUACUAAAGAAUAUUUUGUAUUUGUGUCAUUUCAUAAUGGAAGCUGCACUCUGUUGUCUAAACUUUGAAAGCAUUUUAACCAGUUUUUCUUUUAUUUUGUGAAAUGCUCUAUAAUAUUUAGGGCACUUGGGAACAUUCUGAAUAGAAAAUUACACUUAAUAAGCUGUAAAAGGAAUCUUUCCGAUCAGUUACAGGGGUUAAAAUAUCUUCCAAGGCUGACCACUCUGCUUGUAAUCCUGCCAAAAGUGUCCUCAUUUUUGUUGACUUACGUUUCACUAUAUGACGUGUUUGUGAUCCCAAAAUUACUACAAAAAUAAAGCUUCUUUUUUUAUGUGGA